CCCAUUUAUUUUAGAGUAUCUGUCCUUUUUUCUUUUAAAAAGCUUCCUUUCUCAACCAUGACUGUGCCUUUUAUACCACUUGACCCAUCCAAUGAACGUGCUAUUAUUCAAAAGAAAUGCCCUCCUCUUAUUGAUCAAAUGAAGUCCCUUGAAAUAUCGUCAAGGCGUAAUAGCGAAAGCUCGAUAAGUAAUAUGCUAAAGAAAAUAAAGCAUCAUCCUCCCAAGAUAGAGAUUGCAAAAUCUUUUUUUAAUAUGUGUAUUGCUAGGGCGUGUUUAUCAAUAAAUGAAUACAAUAAAUAUGAGGAGAAGGUGUUACAUAAAAUUCCUGCUCGUGAAGCUCUUGCGUGUUAUAUAUCGGACAACUUCACCCAUGAAGGAAACAUACAAUACAAAAUGCUUAGCGAAAUUGGACAUUUGCUUAUGUGCGGCGGUAUUCCCAAUACUCACUCUGUACAUGUACGAAACUACAGAGUUUUAUUGGGUGGGAAAAGCGUGUAUGAUCGUGAACUUAUGUUUAGCCGUAUGCCAAUGUGGUUAGUAAAAAUUGUCAAGUAUCAUAACAAGUUUAAUCCGGAGCACGCUCGUAUAGGCGGAUGUAUUAUGUGCCAAUUUAUGGUUUACUGCACUGAAGGCAGACCACUCCCUGACAUUGAUUUCGUAAAUAGCCGAACUGUUUCUCUGACAGAAGAGCAAAAAAACAGAUUGAUGGCUUCUAAAAACUAAAAACGCUUGCAAAGAAAAAAUCGUAAGCAUUCGUUUUAGUCGUUACAUUCCAUUAUUAGUAAUUUUAAAUGAAUAAAUCUGACAUAUGGUCCUUAAAC